AUGGCAACAGAAUUGCCACUGUAUAAAAAUAAUGGACCAAAGAAACUACAAAGACCAUCAAGGCACAUCAUCAUAGUCUUGAUGCUCAGUGCCAUCCUGAUCAUCUUCUUACUCAAUCGCCAUGUCGACCAACUACCAAAACCAACACAACAAGACCAAGUUCUAUGGGAUGUCCAGGCAGAACUUCCUCCACCACCAAAAAUCCAGCCCACUCAACCCACUCAACAACAACAACAACAACCACAUAAAAACAGCUCUCAACUAUCAAAUGAUAUCAAGCCAGCCUCACCUCACUCUGACCAACACAGUAGACUCUCUCGACCCUUUGCAGAUCUCACCGAAGAUCCGGAUAUCAAUCAGUCCGGGCACUACACACAUCUAGUCGUCAUUGGAUCCGAAGCCUCCCAGGGCUCCAGACGCCAGCUCAUACGCUCAAAGUACUUUGGAUUGCGUGACAAUCUGUUGCCAUGUAUGCAGUACGACACCGAUAUAUACUACACUUUCUGGAUCCAUGGUGGCCUCCCCUUACCAGACACCCCCCUGCGACGCACCUACGAAAGUGAGAAAAUGGAAUGGAAUGAUAUGCAAGAGAUCCCAGCUCGUCUUGAGUUCGAACAAGCAAAUGUCAUCGCAUGGGUUGAAAAUACUUUGCUUGUCGAGAAAAAGAUCACCUAUGACUAUCUGAUUAUCCAAGACGGAUACAGUUUUAUCCAGCUCUCGAAAACAAAAUUCGAAUUGGACUCUGGGGUCAUUGGCCAAUACACCCACUCGCCUUACUCUCUCACAAGCGACACCCCAUUAAACUUUGUCUGGGGUACCUUUGACUCCACCAAGUCAAAGUCAAAGUCAAAGAACCAGAACGAGAACCAGAACAAGAACCAGAAUGUCAUCGUUGGUUCCACAGCCGCAAAACUCGCUCUCUCAAAACAAUCCGAAAUCCACCACCUCUAUCCUGACUUGCCUCUGCUGACUGGCAUGUACGAACUCUACAACUCUAUCCAAGACACCCUCAAGGCCGUCACGGAUGCGUCCCUGGAGCCAGAGGCAGCCGCCGAAGAACAAGAGCGCCUCAUCCCGGCCUUUAUCCGCGAAGACGGGCCCGAGGGAACCCAGCGGUUCAUCGACUGGGAAAACAACAUCGAGUCAGUCCACGCCGAAGACAUCGUCGUCAAAAACGUCUACCAGGAUUCGGAGUUUGCGGCUCUCAGCGACUGGUCUUAUCUCAAGCCCACCCGGGUGUGUCAUCAGCACGGCUCAUUCUCUGCCAAUCAUCCUCCUGUCCACCCCAUGGACGACGACCAGGACAUGUCCGAGGAUUCUGAAGAAACCGACGAUGAAACGUCCUCGAAAGACUACAGUAACAGCGGUGGUAUGGGACCAUCGGUUGCAGUCUUGACUUCGUCUUACAUCUACGACGCCUGCAUGGAACCAUCUGCAACCCGUGCGGCAAUGAACAAACGAGCCUACGCACUAGAACACAACUACGCCUUCGUGGCCCGCUCAGCCGAAUUUGCCCAACAGAGCGCCACAGGCCAUGUCCGCCGCAAAGCCGUCUGGGGAAAGAUUGACGUGCUCGAAAAGGCAUUGCCAAAAUACGAUUGGGUAUUCUGGCUCGAUAUGGAUGCUGUCAUUAUGGACCAAAAGCGGUCGCUUGACGAUCUGCUGGAAGAACUCAAGGCCGAUUACCAGAAACAAGACAACGGAUUCCAAUUCGAUAAACAGAUUGACAUGAUCGUCUCCAGACCUUCCAAGGAUCGCAUGAUCAAUGCCGGCGUGCUCUUGAUCCGAAACACUCCCUGGGCCAUGCAGUUCUUGCGCGACCUUCAGGAUAUGUCGGGAUGGUACCAAAAGGGUCCUUCUUACGAACAAGGCGCCAUGUGGGAACUUUUGCAAAAGCCAGGAAACCGUGAGCGGGUCUUGUUGCUAGACAGAGACGACCACACUUUCAAUACAUUCCCUUCGUACUAUAUUCCCGGAGACUUUGUUGUACACUUUGCUCCAGACAAAUGUCCCAAUGAUGCUGUCGUAAAAGGACUCAAUGCUGCCGAUCUUAUUCUCCAAGGUCAACGCAUCACAGCAAAAGACAUUGAAUAA